AUGGCUUCCAAACCUGUUGUACUCAUUCUUGGAGCUGGACCCAGAAUCGGUUCCUCCGUCGCCAAAAAGUUUGCCAGCAGUGGCUACAGUGUCGCCGUUGCCUCGAGGAGCGGCAGUGGAACCAAGAACGACCAAGGCUUUCUCUCCUUGAAGGCUGAUUUCUCCAAGCCAGACGCGAUACCCGGCUUGUUUGCAGCCGUAAAGUCAGAGUUCCAGACGGCCCCGAGCGUCGUUGUCUACAAUGCGGCAUCCAUGACGGCGCCUCCCAAGCCGGACUCUGUUCUGUCCAUCCCGGCAGCGAGUGUCACUGCUGAUCUGAACGUCAACACUGUCAGCGCCUAUGUGGCUGCUCAAGAGGCCGUCCUCGGGUGGGAAACGCUACCGAAAGAGGCCAAGAAGACUUUUAUUUACACGGGCAACGCCUUGAACUCGAUGAUUAUGCCGUUUCCGAUGGGUUUGAACUUGGGAGUGGGCAAGUCGGCGUCUGCGUACUGGAUUGGUACAGCCGACGCCUUGUACGUGCCUCAAGGCUUCCGAUUCUUUUACGCCGAUGAGCGCUUCGAGAAUGGAAAACCGGCUAGCGGAGAAGUAGAUGGUGAGGCACACGGCGACUUCUAUGCCCAGCUAGCCAACCACGAAGGAAAGGUGCCAUGGCUGGCCACUUUUGUGAAGGGCAAGGGUUAUGUCCAGUUCUAA